GGGAGGAGGAAGCAACGGCGUCGGCGGCUGGGGCCGGGGAGCCCCGAGGCUGGGGCUCGGUCUCCGGCCUACGGGGCAGGAAGGACAGUUUUGGUGAGAAAAUGUCUGGCAACAAUGCCUGGUUUCAGAGUUCCCGGGUCCCUAGCUUUGCUCAAAUGCUGAAAAAGAACUUGCCAGUUCAGCCAUCAACCCAGACGGUAACUGCACCCACAAGAUAUUCUUCAGAAAGUUACAGCCUGUCGAAUAUGGCUUCCAAGGUGACGCAAGUGACGGGUAAUUUUCCAGAACCAUUGCUUUCCAAAGGUCUUUCAUCUAUUUCAAAUCCUGUCCUUCCUCCAAAAAAAAUACCUAAGGAAUUCAUAAUGAAAUACAAACGUGGAGAGAUAAAUCCUGUGUCAGCUUUGCACCAGUUUUCACAAAUGCAGCGGGUUCACCUUGACCUUAAGGAAACCGUAACAACAGGUAAUGUUAUGGGACCAUAUUUUGCUUUUUGUGCUGUGGUGGAUGGUAUUCAAUAUAAGACUGGACUGGGACAAAAUAAAAAGGAGUCUAGAUCCAAUGCAGCGAAAUUAGCUCUCGAUGAGCUUCUACAAUUGGAUGAACCUGAACCAAGAAUUUUAGAAACAGCAGGUCCUCCUCCUAUCCCUGCAGAACCUGUUGUUUCACCUGAACCAGUAUAUGUCUCAAAAGUACAUUAUGAAGGAAGACAUAUUCAGUAUGCAAAGAUUUCACAGAUUGUUAAAGAAACAUUUAAUCAACUAAUUUCCAAUCAUUCAGAAUAUCUGAAAUGUAGCAAUUCCUUGGCUGCUUUUAUAAUUGAAAGAGCUGGACAGCAUGAAGUUGUAGCUAUAGGCACAGGUGAAUACAAUUACAGCCAGUGCAUUAAGCCAAAUGGAAGAGUGUUACAUGACACUCAUGCUGUUGUUACAGCAAGAAGGUCUCUCCUUAGGUACUUUUAUAGACAGCUUCUACUCUUCUACAGCAAAAAUCCUGCUAUGAUGGAAAAAUCAAUAUUUUGUACAGAACCAGCUUCUAAUCUACUCACUCUCAAACAGAUUAUCAACAUUUAUCUCUAUAUGAACCAGUUGCCUAAAGGGUCAGCUCAAAUUAAGUCACAAUUGCGUCUUAAUCCACAUUCUAUAUCUGCAUUUGAAGCCAAUGAAGAACUGAGUCUCCAUGUGGCUGUUGAAGGCAAAAUUUAUCUGACUGUCUACUGUCCUGCAGAUGUUGUUAAUAGAGUAAGCAGUAUGUCCUCAAGUGACAAAUUGACAAGAUGGGAAGUGCUUGGUGUACAGGGAGCAUUGCUGAGUCACUUUAUACAGCCAGUUUAUAUCAGCAGUAUACUCGUUGGUGAUGGGAAUUGCAGUGAUACUAGAGGUUUAGAAAUUGCUGUAAAGCAACGUGUUGAUGAUGCACUCACUUCAAAACUUCCAAUGUUUUACUUGGUCAACAGACCUCAUGUUAGUUUAGUACCUUCUGCAUAUCCACUUCAAACAAACUUGGAAUAUAAAUCCCUGAGUCUGAAUUGGGCACAGGGGGACAUUUCUUUGGAGAUUGUGGAUGGCCUAAGUGGAAAGAUCACUGAAAGUUCCCCAUUUAAAAGUGGUGUGUCAAUGGCAAGCCGGCUUUGUAAAGCUGCAAUGUUAAGUCGAUUUAACCUGCUUGCCAAAGAAGCUAAGAAAGGAGAUUUACUUGAAGCUAGUACAUACCAUGCAGCAAAGUGUAUGUCUGGAUCCUAUCAAGAAGCUAAAACUUUGCUGAAAUCCUACUUCCAGCAACAUGGCUAUGGCUCCUGGAUUGUGAAAUCUCCCUGUAUAGAGCAAUUUAGUAUGUGA